UCCCACUGUGCUGGGUAUCAUAUAUCCCAUAUUGAACACAACCUGGCGCACCAAGGCGGACAAACUGUUGGGGAGAUACAAACAGAAGCUCACCGCAACGCGAACCAGUUGGUUUAACAUAUCUCAUCGACUGGCUUGCACCGAUUGCCGCCCCAGAAAAGAAGUUGCCGUCCUCGGCUUCUAUUUCCCUCACCGGACGGUGUAACCAUCACCCACUCUCCGCUGGGUGGUGCAACGUCUCCAACCGUCGGCCAAGUUAGCCUCCCCCUAAUUGGUUGCCUGAACUUUCUUCUUUUUGGUAUUCUUUUUGCUCAGCGUGCGCCUAUUGGUACCGAGCUCGUGGUUGUCCUGGAUUUUAAUUUUAAAGUGCUUUUAUAUGCUUUUUUUUUAUUCAAACAUGUUUGACCAUCCCCACACUGGUGUGUUAUUCGCUCGACCAAAAGCAUAAAAAAAAGGAACAAGCGGGAAGGAAAAAGAAAGAAUUUACAAACGAACGCCCUUACCCUAGUACACACUCAAUUGCCGCCUAUUUCGUUUGGCAUUUUUUCUUUUCGUACCUCCUUUUCCUUCGGCAUUACCACAACGCAAUUCUAAUAUCUUUCCCAGACAAUAACCUAUCCACACCACCAGGUCUUAUAUACCGAGGCCCGGUGCACCGCAGCCUGCCUGUCUUACGCGUCUGAGCUCAGUCACAGCCAAUCCUCUCCGCCAUAGGUGGAACACGCCGGACACAGCCGUCGGGCCAACAGUGUCGGCCGUCCUGGUUUGCUGCCGCAGCGCUUUUCCUUUUUUCCUUGCCGCCUCCUUCAAGUUAAACCACUCGCCCCCACCUUCCGCUCUCGCACCUUCCUUCAAUAUCCCCAGCCAGGCCCAAUCUUCGCGAAAAAAAGAACGUUUUCGCAGACAAGACUUUUAUUGCCCCAUCUUUAUACCUUCACAUACCCGCAAGGGCAUCUGCAAACCAAAAGAUGGAUUCCCAGGAGCCCCUGUCUGUCGAGGCUCGGAAGGGAGCCAUUCCCAAGGCCGGCAAUGGUGACGAUGCCAAGGCUCCCGCACAGGAAGCAUCGUCGGGCGUCAAGACGCCCGACAGCGACUCCAAGCCUUCGUCUGGCAGCAAGGGCACACAUAAGAAAGCGACCCAGACCAAACGGAGCAAGAAGUCCAGGAGGGCAUCCCCAAAGAAGGGAAAGAAGCAGUCGGUUCCGGCCAGCUCCUCCUCAGACUCGUCCUCCUCAGACGACGAUUUGAGCUCGUCCUCGUCGUCCGACUCGGAUGACUCCGACUCCGACUCUGAUUCCGAGGCCGACAAGAAGAAGAAGCGCUCGGCCAAGAAGCGAUACAACCUCGCAGCAAUCAAAAGCAAGCGCGGCAAAAAGGACUUCGUCCUGGACUCCAAGUAUGCAUCCGACUCGGCCGCCUCGGACCUGGAGCUUGGCGACACUAGGGAGAGUCUCAUUGCGCAGCAGCAGCGGCUCGAGAUCACGCGCCUGAAGCGCCAGGUCCAGCAGCUCACCACACUCCAGGCAAUGGACCGAGGCCCCAGCUACGGCAUCGGCCUAAAUGGCCGUGGCGGAUCGCUCGGGGGGCUGCCGACGAACCUGCGUCGCAAUGACUACAUGGAACAGGACGACCUGAGCCCGCCGCCUCUGCCCGCCUUCGAUUCCAUCCGACCCGGCCGCUUCUUCCCCCCGCCCAGCCGUCAGCCGCUGGGUUCGUCGUCCAUCAUCAUCGAUCCCAGGCUCCCACCAGGAGCGCAGCGCCCAGGCCAGCCGCCGCAGCAGGACGCUAAGCGCAAGCCUGCCCGUCUGGACUUCAAGCGCGUCGACCAGGUCUGGGACAAUAACAUCCACGCCUACAAGCUCCAGGAUACGACUGAGACGUCGACCGACUCUCAGUACGACGAGUACAUCUUCCACGUCCGUCGUUCGUUUGACUGGGAGGGCAAGUUCAAGCAGACGCUCGUCGACAUCAAAAGCAAGCUUCUGCGCGAGUGCCUCCAAGAUGUGAUGGGAAACAUCAAGGGUGUCAGCCUGGUUGAGGAUACUCCCAAGCUGGACCCAAACAUGCUGUUCCUCUAUCUCGGAGACUUGAUCAACCACUACAGAGUUCUCAAGAAGAGCAAGGCCACUGGAUCUGACAAGCAUAGCCGUAAGAAGGCAAUGAAGCGGCUCGAUGAGAAGAGGGAGCAUCUCAAGGUCCUGAUCAGGUACAUCAACAAGGAUUACCAAACUGUCAAGAGCAGUCUUUACCCCAUGCUUGAGAACGGCCUGAUUACGUUCGAUCUCAUCUGGGCCCUAUGGAAGCCCGGCACCCUCGCGUACACGACCAUGUACGGUUCGCACGACGAGCCGAGGGUCUUCAAGGUGGAGAUGGCCGAGAAGCACAGUAACUUCAUGAAGGGCAACUACUACUUCAUCGAUGGCAAGUACUUCGAGUAUGAUGGCAAGCAGUUUGGCUUCGGCACCCAAGUUGGCGAGGUGUCUGAGUUCAGGGGCGCCAGGAAGAUCACGAGCCUCGGGGUAUACCCCCUCGCGUACCACAAGAACGAGGACCAGCUCCGCAAGGACCUUAUAGAACGUGGCAAGAAGUUCGUGGCGCUGGCUGGUGUGCACUACAGGGCACACCAAGGAAUGGCUUAUUACAAGAAGAGGAAGUCCAUCAUCAAGGUCAACAUCAAUGGACGCGUCAUGGUCGAUCCCAGCACACACCGGCGCAUCAACCCGAACUACCCCAUCUCGCACGUCCGCCCCAAGGACCACGACACCCUGUCGGACGGCGAGGGGGACGACGACGACGACAACAACGACGGCAACGACACGGACGGCGGCUGCGGCUGCGCCGGGUCCGGCUCGGACGGCGAGGGUAACGACGGGUCGGGCGAGAACGGCGAAAAGAUGAAGCUCGUCACCAAGCUCGUGGCGGACGCCAAGGGAAAGAUUAGGAUCGUCCAGGUCCCCAAGAGCUCGGAUGACCAGGGCGAGGAGAAGCUGGACCAGCUGGACGAUGGUGCCAAGGAGGGGGAGGACGAUUCCGCGGAGCAGGAUGGCGACGACAAGACCAAGGAAAAGGCGGAAAAGACAGUGCCCGAGUUCAGUGACGAGGAGUACCUCACUGCCUCCCCCGUCGUCCUCGGCUUCUCUUUCGCCGAGAAGCUCUGGCUCGAGUUCACAGUUUCGGGCAUCAAGGAUAUCCAGUGGAACGAGGCGGCGUACGAAUCGCUUGUUCUUGAGCCCAAGACAAAGGACAUUGUCAAGGCGCUCGUUGAAUCCCACAAGUACCACGCCGCCGAGAGCAUCGACGACGUCAUUGUCGGCAAGGGCAAGGGCCUCGUCGCCGUGCUGCAUGGCCCGCCGGGGACCGGCAAGACGCUCACGGCCGAGGGUAUCAGUGAACUGCUCAAGUGCCCCCUGUACAUGGCCUCGGCCGGCGAGCUGGGGACCGACUCGCGCUUCCUCGAGGUGGAGCUCCAGAAGAUCCUGGACAUCUGCCACGCCUGGGGCGCCAUCCUGCUCCUGGACGAGGCCGACGUGUUUCUCGAGAAGCGCAGCGUCUUUGACGUCCACCGCAACGCCCUCGUCAGCAUCUUCCUGCGCCAACUCGAGUACUUCCAGGGAAUACUGUUUCUUACUACCAACCGCGUUCAGACCUUUGACGACGCCUUCCAGUCGCGCAUCCACAUCGCGCUCCGGUACGACAAGCUGACGCCGCAGGCCAAGAAGGCCAUCUUCAAGAUCUUCGUCGAGCGCGUGCGGGUGCUGGAGAAGGUGGACCUGAUGCCCUUCACCGAGGAGGACUACACGACGCUCGCGCGCCACGACCUCAACGGCCGCCAGAUCAAGAAUACGGUCCGCACGGCGCAGGCUCUGGCCGUCAACAAGGGAGAGCCACUGGCCAUGAGGCAUAUCCGCCAGGUCCUCGACGUCCACGUGUCGUUCGACAAGGACCUCAAGGGCGGUUCCGGCUUCGACGAGGCCAUGCGCAGCUACUGCUAGACUGGGUGGAGCGGUUUUAGCAUCGAUGAUAUGCCCGUACUACGGGAAAAUGUGGGGGUUAAGAGUGGUAGAAGAGAUUGGGAGCGUUGUAUUCUUGACAAUUGGUCUACGGUAGCGGGAGUGCCUGCUUGUGUUUGAUGCGAUGAUAUGAUAACAGCGGCUGAAGUUGGUUGUAAUCGAUGUAUUUGCCCUUGCUUUGCCUUAAGGACGGUACGAGAUGUUUUCGCUUGUUAGAUAGAUGAUCUAGUUGAGUGAAUUAAGAGGGAGAAUCCCAGCCUGUGCGUUUGAUGAGGGGCUUGUAUGUGUUUUCUAUUUUAUUCCCUCUUUAU